UUGGGUAACUAAAAAAAGAAACGCAUUGAAAAUUCCACAGGAGGCUUGAGAGGGGGGCAUUGCCACAGUAUCGAGUGUCACUUUCUCAAUCAAAAGGUUUUCUCUCUCUUCUUUUUUUUCCUCUCCUGCGCGAAAACAAAACGAGCAAUAAGAAAGAGAGAGAGAGAGAGAGACUCUCACACACAGACUCAACAAGAGUUUAGGUUUGCUUUGUAAAUCUCUUCUCUCUUCUCUCUGUACUUAUCAUAGUUUCGUUUCUCUUUUGAGAAAGAAAAACCCAAACUUACAAUUGUUUUAGAUCUGGUCCUUUUUAAGCUCCAAAUUCCUUUACCCUUUUUCCUUAAAAAUUGUUACUUUUUCUUUGCUUAAGUUUUGAUUUCUUCUUCUUCUUCGAAAAAGCUCUUCCUUUCAAGCGUUUGAUUCUCCUCGUGUAGCGAUUUCCAUGUUUAGUAUCUGCAUUUGAUAUAGCCUUCGAUGCUGCAUGCAAUUCCCAAGACUCUUUCAGAUUGCUACAACGCGGUGAUUUCUCUCGGCCAUUUCCUUCCGAUUUGAUUUCUGGGUUUUCUUGUUUUCGUCUCUCUGCUGCAUGUUUCUCCACUCUACCUUAGAAAAAACGUUACUUUCGCCUCCGAUUUAGGCUCGAUUUGAUGAAUUCCUCGUCGUGUGGCCAUUUAUCAAAUUGAGCAUUAGGGUUUCUGAUUUGUGGGUUCAGAGUUGUUUUAUCUAUCUGUGUUGCUGUUUUUUUCCGCUACAAAGUUUAUGGAUUCUCAGAGGGGUAUUGUUGAAGAAGCUAAAUCUCAGUCCUUGAAUAGACAAGGCUCUCUCUACAGCUUAACGCUUGAUGAGGUUCAAAAUCACUUGGGGAGUACUGGUAAAGCUCUGGGAAGCAUGAACCUUGAUGAGCUUUUGAAGAGUGUCUGUUCUGUUGAAGCUAAUCAGCCAACGUCUAUGGCUGUCAAUGGUGGAACAGCUCAGGAGGGUCUUUCUCGCCAGGGAAGUUUGACUUUGCCACGGGAUCUUAGCAAAAAAACUGUUGAUGAAGUCUGGAAAGACAUUCAGCAGAAUAAGAAUGGAGGGAGUGCUCAUGAGAGGAGGGAUAAACAGCCUACACUCGGGGAAAUGACGCUUGAAGACUUGUUGUUGAAAGCAGGAGUGGUGACUGAGACUAUCCCUGGUUCGAACCAUGAUGGUCCUGGUGGUCCUAUUGGUGGUGGUAGUGUUGGUUCAGGUGCUGGUUUAGGGCAAAACAUAACUCAAGUUGGCCCAUGGGUUCAAUAUCAUCAGCUCCCAUCAAUGCCACAGCCUCAAGCAUAUAUGCCAUAUCCGGUUUCAGAUAUGCAAGCGAUGGUGUCUCAGUCUUCUUUAAUGGGUGGUUUGUCAGAUACACAAACUCCAGGAAGAAAGAGAGUAGCUUCAGGAGAAGUCGUAGAGAAGACUGUAGAGAGGAGGCAGAAGAGAAUGAUAAAGAACAGAGAGUCUGCUGCUCGUUCCCGAGCUAGGAAACAGGCUUACACUCAUGAGCUAGAGAUCAAAGUUUCGCGGUUAGAAGAAGAAAACGAAAGACUCAGGAGGCAAAAGGAGGUGGAGAAAAUCCUCCCAAGUGCACCACCGCCUGAUCCCAAGCGGCAGCUCCGGCGAACAAGCUCAUCUCCUUUCUGAUCUCGAAACUCUUUUUUUUUUCUUUUUCUUUUUGUCUUCUGUGUCGGUUCACUUACAAAAAAAAAAGAAAACAGCUUUGUUUCUUUGUACAUUCCGUAGACUUUCUUGACUUGGAGCAAUUCUGUUAACUUUCUUUAAAACAUUCUCUUCAGUUAUUAUUGUAGCAGCAGCAGUAAUGGUUUUCAUGAGUGAUUGAAACUCAGAUAUUGAGUAGAACAAAA